AUGUCAUGUUGCCAGAGCUUCAUCUCCAUCAAAAGCCUCUGCUUCGGGCUGCCCGAGGACAAAGGCAGGCUCACGCAGAGUGCCAUUGAAGAGAUGGUUAAGGCUGCUCAGUCAGCACAGUUUGGCACGGCAGAGUUGGCUGCAGCAGACGAGAAGGCGGGGUAUGGCACCGCCAACGCCGCACGCGUGAGCUGCGGCCAGCACGAGGACUACUGGCCAGGCCUCCGACUCCGGGAGCCAAGGCGGGAUCGCAAGCAACGGUGCACAAUCACGGUUCAGUUUUACCAUACGGUAUCUGGAGGUGUCCCAUCUCCGGAGGAUGUCCUGGCAGCGAUCGACGACAUGGAGUCUUUGUACAGGCACUGCGAGUGGAACGGUCGUUUAGCCGAGUGCCCUGGCUGCCUUUAA